AUGAAUAAAAAGUAAGGAUCAUAUGCUAGUACGCUUAAAGAGAAGAUAAGGCUUAUGGAUAUUUUUGGUUAAUCCAUAUAAUUAAGCUUUAGAUAGGAAGAACAACAUACUACUUUUGUUGGAGGAGUAGCUUCAAUAUUGGUAUUGGCAACAAUUAUCAGUUUUUUCUACUCCAACAUAAUAGGAUUUUUUACAAUGAAUUAAGUGAAAUCCUCGACAGAAAUGAUUUUUGAAGAUGAUCCUGGAAUGAUCUAACUAAAUUCUAACACUUUUAUGUUUGCUAUUUAAAUUGAACAUGACAAUUUCGUUGACACUCCCUUCUUUAACAUUACCGUGGAAUAGAGACAUUAUAAAAAUCAAAAUGGUACUCUUACCAAACUACCUAAUGAAUAUAUUGAUUUAGUAAUUUGCACCUAGGAGCACUUUUAAUAAAUAUUCUCGUCUUCCAACAUUGAUAAUGCAGAGUAAUUCAAAGAUUUGAACAUGACCAACUUCCUAUGUCCCAAUAUUCAAAAAAGAAAUGUUUGGACAGUAGGGGGAGCAUAUACAAGUAAGAUAGUUAUAAUUAAAUUAGGUUCUGAUUAUUAUUUCCUAAAGUUUUCAGUUACUACAUGUGUAAAUGAUACUUAAAGUGAUUUCACAUGGAAGCCAAAAUGCAGAACUUAGGAUGAAAUGUUCACAUAGUUGAAAGCUUAGGGUUCUUUUCGAUUUCAAUUAUUCACUACAAAUUUUGUACUUCAAUAUAACCUAUUGAAAGAUUGUAAAUCCAGAUUCCCCACAUGAGUAUAUCACACCUUACUUGGCAAUUGAACAAUUUUACACAUUUGUACCAAAUCAAAUGUUUGUUUAAUCUGAUAUCUUUGUUAGGGAAAAAAGAAUUAAUACUGAUAAAGGUAUUUUAAUGUACCCCAUGAACGUUGAAGAGACUGUAGCCUAUAGAGAACACAUGGAUAGCAGGUAAUAAUUUGAAAUCGGAGGACUCAAUAGUAAUUAUUAUGCUGCGUUCUACUUGUAGAGGAGCCCUUUUAGCUAUAAUAUUUCUAGAAGUUUUGUAACUCUGGAUGAAUUAUUAAGUUAUUUGGGAGGAUUCUCAUAAUUUAUGACUGUCAUUUUAGGAAUGAUAAUAAACGUAUAUAAUAAACAGAGUCUCUUGUUGUAGUUGGCAAAUGAUUUAUAUGAGUUUAAUUUCUAAGAACAACAAGAAAAUACAAGAGCUUUUAUAUCAAAUUUGUUAUAGUAAUCAAGGCAUGGAAGGGAAAUGAUUAAAUAGAAAGGUCAAACAAAAGAGUUAAAGAUCCAAUCAAUCAACCCUUUUACGACUAAGCCUUAAAUGGAUUAAAAAGUCUCCCAAGUGAUAUCACCUUAACGAACUCAGAAUUAGUUUAUCCAGAUUUCAUCAACAAGGUAACUUUAAAGCAUGAAAGAGAAGACUUAUGAUCAAUAUGAAAAGUUCAAAUCAUUCAUGAUAAAUUAAAAGAAAUUAACUUUAGGUUUUAGGAUAUUGUUAGGGGAUCUUUUGCCAUUUGAUUGUUUAUAGGACCCAGAGAGUGUUCUAUUUAAAAAGGCUAUGUAGUUUUCAUCUUUCUAUUUGUUAGGAAUCAAGUUAGCAAAGAGUUAGAUAUACGAUAUAUCAUGAAUUAAUUACAUGAAAUCACAAAGCUAAAAAAGGUGAUGUUCAGCAGAGAAUAAUUUUAACUCUUUAAUUUUAGCCACAAGCCAACAAUAAGUUUAGUCAAAGAAAAGAAAAAUAGAUUAUCAUCAAAGUAUUGAUUUAUGGAAUCCCUUUAGAUUAUUAUUUUUGGGUGAAGAGGAGGCUGUUAAUAAUGAAUUGCAAAUUUAAUAUAACACAUUAGUAUAAGCAUAUUCCAAAUUAACAUCUUGUGAUACAGUAUUUUCAGAUGACCAGAUUUAGUUAAACUAAAGAAUCAUCGGACUUUUGGGAAGGGAUUUACCACUCUGGAUGGAAAUGGAAUUGCAGUAAGAAAAUUCAGAAUCCAUAAAGGAGCCUGAACCAGAUGAUUUAGAUGAAUUAUCAAAAACUUGA